GGCGGGGCGCGCACAGCUGACCGCCCGCAGCUGACUGACUGACUGAGGUUGUGAGGCUGUGCGGCUGUGGCUCAUGGCGGAGUAGCGUGGUGUGGCGUUGUGUCCCCGCGAUGGUAUGGCUGUGUCUGUGUCAGGUGGCGUAGAGCGGGCGGACAUGGUCACUAUGCGGAGCGAGAGCGUGGCGGUGGGUGGAGUGGCUACAGUGACCACGGACAGUGCCGCCUCGCAGGGCCUGGCGCUCCCCGGGCAGUGCCGCCACCCUAACGGCACGGGCGCAGGCACAGGCACGCCCACGGGUACGCCCAACGGGGAGGCCGCCCAGUGGAAGCCGGCGAGUCAGGAAGCCUCCAAGAUGGCUAAGAUACGGGAUGUGGUGGAGAAUGCAGCAAGUGUGUCCAGCAAGUGUGUGGUGGAGAGCCUGCUGCAACAGGUGGCGCAACUCAGCGAUGUCGAGAAAUUUCUACUCUAUCUGAAGCUCCCUGUUGGCCGCCCUCCUGACGCCGACCCUCUCAAGCAGCCCCUUAAUCCCCUGGGCAGCCGUUGUGAGAUCCAGUUGACCAUUACCUGGAUCAAGACACACCUGGAGAUGAACAGCGAAGUGUCUCUGCCCAAACGAGAGGUGUACAACGAAUAUAUGCACUACUGCACCCUAAACAACAUCAAGGCCCUCAGCACAGCAGAUUUCGGCAAGGUCAUGAAGCAGGUGUUCCCCGGGGUGCGGCCACGGAGGCUUGGUCAGCGUGGGGCGUCAAAAUAUUGCUACUCUGGGCUGCGCAAGAAGUGGACCCUUGAGCCGCCGGAUCUUCCAGACCUGAAUGACAACAUGGCUAAGAAAAAUAUGCUGGGGAUGGACUGCGUGGUGGAGGAGGGGGAAGUGGACCGCGCUGCCAUCUGCCUGGUCCUGGAGUGGGCGGAGAAGCUGUGUUCGGUCAAGUUUGAGUGUGUGAGGGACCUGGCACUGCACCUUGUCAAUAAGAACUAUGUGGAUAACCGUUCUGUUGCUGCGUUUACUCUCCUGUCCCUGGCUGACCACAAGCAGGGCGUGCUGGUGGGAGGUGGUGUUGGUGGAGGAGGCAAGCACCGGGAGACACAGAUGCAGCUCCAACGCAAGAUACAGGAAAGGGAACACAUCAGAGAACAGAAGAGAAAGCUGCAGGAGCAGCAGCCGGCAGUGACUAAAUGCAACAGCAGUGGAAGCGGCGGUGACAGGCCAAAAUCUCGGCGUCGCAGUGGAACACAGCGCAACCCUUCCGGUGACUCUCAUGCCCCCCUCACCAACGGCACUCCACCCCCCGCCUCCAAGCUGGGCCCCUCAGCCACCAAUGGCACUUGUGAGGCCGGUGGCGGCGGGGACAGAAGUCUGCUGCGGUGUGAGCUGGAGAAUGGUGGCAGUGGUGGUGGUGGUGGUGGUGGUGGUGGUGGUGGUGGUGGUGGUGGUGGUGGUGGGGAGGGCAGUGUGGUGGGGAGCGUGGCCAUCAAGCAGGAGGAGCCGCUGGACUUCCUGGACUCCCUUACAGACGAGAAGGUCCUGGAAGCCAAGUGUGAGGCAGACCCAGGGACCGUGGUGGGCGGCCUGCCCCUGCCACCCCUCAGGAGGAGCUGCAGCACCCCAGCAGGCACCUUGGAACCCAAGAAAACCUCCCUGGGGACCUGCAAGGUGACCCUGUCCAAGGCCGGCAGCAGCAAGAAGACUUUGCGCAUCAUGUCCAACCCAGGCACGGCGCCAGCCAAGCCUCCCUCCCCCAAGCCACAGUUCAAGGUGAUCCAGCCCAUGCCAGACACCCCAGUGCAGUGGGUCAACAUGGAGCUUGGGGUGCCCCAGCAGCAGCAGCAACAGCAGCAGCAGCAGCAGCAGCAGCAGCAGCAGCAGCAGCAGCAACAACAGCAGCAGCCUGCCAAGGUGGACUCCCUGCUGGGGGCCACCCUGACAGGACAGGCCACACUGGACAUCCCAGCCUCCCUCACUCACCAGAUACACAUCAACCACCACCAACAGCAGCAGCAGCAGCAGCAGCAGCAGCAGCAGCAGCAGCAGCAGCAACAGCAGCAACAACAACAGCAACAGCAACAACAACAGCAUCAGCAGCAGCUUCAACAGCAGCAGCAACAGCAACAACAGCAACAACAACAACAUCAACAGCAGCUGCAGCAGCAGCAGCAGCAGCAGCAGCAGCAGCAGCAACAACAGCAGCAGCACCAGCAGCAGCAGCAGCAACAGCAGCAGCAGUGCCAGCAGACGCAGGGGGGGCUGGCGCUGGGUGGCGGCGGCAGCAACAACAGCAGCAAUGGUGGCAACAGCCACGAGGCAGAGGAGGAGCUGAUCCAGUACUUCCACAAGAACCCAGUGGACCUGGAAGAAACCAGCCAGCUGUCUGAGCUGCGCAAGCUGCUGCAGAUCAACCUGCCCAGCGGCCUGGCCCGGAGCAGCGCUGCGCGGUCCCUGGGGGGUGAGGGGGACAUGCUGGAGCAGGAGGGGGUGGGCGUAGGGGGCAUCCGCCGCAGGGUGAGCUUCCAGCCCUCUCUGGAGGGGGUGGAGACCCUCAGCCUGAUGGGGGCCCAGACAGUGGGGUCGGUGCCCCCCAGCCCCAACACGCGCCGUACGCAGUUCAAUUUCACCCCAAUUGGCACUAGCCUGGAGCAGGCCCAGGGCGCCUCGCAGUGCUCCAGUGCCAAUGCCAGCCCCUUCAUGUCGCCCCGCAACACCCCGCUGCCCCGCUCCCGCCACAACUCGGGGCAGACGUCCUCCACUUACGUGACGCCACGCAGCACGCCCUUCACCCCGGAGCAGCCCGGCGGGGGCCACCCGGUGCCCUCCGAGAGCAGCACUCCCUUCAUGUCCCCCAUCCCCACACCGCUGUUCCCACGCUCCAGACACAACUCCAGCCAGAACCUGCGCACCAUCUACACCCCCACCUGCCGCUCCCGCCACUCCUCUGGCGCGCCCAGCCUGCGCCACGCCCCCUACGGUGCUGAGGACCCCUCAGGGCGCCGUGGUGGCAAGUUCUCCUCCAGGCACUCCUCUGGCAGUGUGCCGCCCUCCCCCUCCUCAGCACCCCUGUCCCCCCUGGUGCAGGACAGCUCCCUGCAUCCGCAGCAAGACGUGGCCGGCCUGCAGCUGGGCGGCUCCUCCAUGCUGCAGCUCAUGCUGAAGAGCAAGCCAGCGCCCGGCCCAGGGCACGGCGGGGCGGGCAUGAACGACCUGCGACGGCGGCACAUGUCAGCGGGCCCCACCAUCCACUACCAGCCCCAGCCCCCAACCUUCCCUGCUGACCCCCUGGCCCAGGAGGUGACCAGCGUGCUCACCAACCCCCAGCCCGGCCCCAGCGCAGCCCAGCAGGCGCCUGCCAACCGCCCCCAGUCCGUGCCGCUGCUGCAGAUGCUCAACAUGCCGGACAGCUUCGCCAAGUCACAGCCCAACACACCGCUGGUGGGGCAGCCCUUCAGCUUCUCAGACUCCUGCAGCAUUAGCCAGGCCUCCUCCUAUGCCCCCACGCCUGUCCCCAGCGAGUACAACGACUUCACCCUGGAGAUUGACCCGAUGCUGGAGGUAAACCUGCGGGGCGACGGCGGCACCUCGGUGGGCCUGGACCCCCUUGACUCCCUGUCCCUGGCCGGCACGCAGUCUGGUGACCUCUCCACCCUCUCAGACCCCCUCGAGGUGCCCCCGAAUAUCAACCCCUUCGAGACCUACCAGGGGGAUGGUGGGGGUGUGCGGGAGCCCCUGGAGGACCGGGUGCUAGGGGAUGGAGUGGGGCCCUGCUGCAUGGACCCCCUCAGGGAGUCCCAGAACAGUGAUGGGGUAGAGGUGAGGGACAUGCAGGAGCCACUAAUGAACCCUUCCUCCAUGCUGACCCUGAACGCCCUGAACCGCUCGGCCCCGCUGGAUUCGGGGACGGGGGCGGGGCUGGAGGACGACUUCCAGCCCACCCUGGGCGACCUGGGCGACCAGGAGGUGUUCAACUCCCUGGUGCUGGAGGUGAACAAGGACUGACAGCAGACCGCCAGCUGGGCUAAGUACCUCACCUGAGUACCUGAGUGAGGCUGCUGCCGCCGCCGCUCCUAUUGAGUACGGCUGCCCAGACCUGGCACCGUGGACGCCGCCCCACCAGGGCGGGGAGAGCGCCGGUGGAAGCCGUGGUGUAGGGGAGGGAGUGUCUUGCAAACUUUACUUAACGUGUGACCGAGUGUCUUGAGGAAGGGAGGGAGGCACGACUUUGUGUGGUUAUGUGGUGGUGGUGACCGGAGGGACCUGGUGGUGCUUGGUGUCCUUCCCCGGUGUGUGUGUGUGUGUGUGUGUGUGUGUGAGGUGCCUUGCUGUGUGGGGGAAGCUGUGAGUCCCCACUGAGGCAAAGGCAGGACAGGAAGAAUACACUCCCUCUGCCACUACCAGGAUACCCACACACAGCACCAGGAGACCACACUCUUGGGGGACACCAGGGAAAGAGAGGUGAAUAUUACCACCCCUCACUGAACUGGCAUAUCCCAACUGUUAGUGCCACACCCGACAGGCCACACUAGCCACCCAUCUCCAGCAGGCUGUGUUAGUACUUGUGUUACCUGUAUCACCCAGCAGACCCAUUGAACAACACACAACACAGCAUGUCACAGCCACACCACCACACCAACACGAGUGAUAGGAUCCACAGCACAGGAAACCACCACCAACACCACUACCACAACUAGCACUGACACAGCAUUUCUCUGGUUGCUGCGGCAAGGACUGGUCUUUGAUUGGCUAAGGUGUUGACCACCGCAGCUUCUUGUUAGUACUCUAGGGGUUCAAGUACCUGCUGAGUUUUUGUUUGUGCCGCAGCAGCUAUAGCCAAUCAGACAGCCAUUGUUUCUCCAGGUACUGUGCUCGCAGAUGACAGCUUUAAGGCCCCACUGGGUGUUAUUGAGGUUUUUAAAUGUUUCUCUAAUCUUUGUGAUAGUUUAACCAGGAUUUGGCAUCAUUAGUUGGAUAGGUAUUAUGACAACUAUUUCAACUACUUAUUGAGGUUUUCAAGAACAUUUCCUUAACAUUUGCAGUAAUUCAACCGAAAUUCUGCAUCAAUAUUGAGAAACAACAUUAAAAACAUUAAAAAACAUCACAAGAGCUUUAUUUUAACUACUUUUUACAGGCUGCAGUGGAAGUUAUUAAGACGGAUGUGUUUUCAUAAUCACAACAGUAGAUUAACCACAAUGCCACACUAUGAACAGGAAAAGACACUUGAGAACCCAAUUAAUCUGGGGGCCCUGAAGUGAAGAAGUCCAGACAAGGGAAGCACUUGGAGCAUAGAAGCACAGGUACUGGAGUUUUGAGGUCUUGAAUCACAGAUGGCACUUUUCGAGGGAGACUUAAGGCGAAAUAGCAACCGUUCAUUCAUGUCCGCUGUAUUUUACACUCACAACUGCCAGAAGUUAACCAGUCCAGAUCUCCCGUGGCGAGGGGUGGCCGGCUGACGGACUGCCCGGCCACUUGUAAUGCUUAAGGAACUGACGUAGAUGAAAGACAAAAAAUACGAGAAGUUUUUUUUUUUAUUGUGUUUGCUCUAUAAAUCUUUCAUCGCGUCCCUGCCAGUUACAUAUAUUUGUACUUUUAAAACUGUCGGUCGGUGAUGUCUGUUUUUAAUCCAACGUUAAUGAAAGCAAAGCAAAAAAAAACAUGUUAUUUAAUUUCUUCAGUGACAUUUGAAUAGGGGGUUACAAUUUUCAGUUUUUUUCCUCUGUGUGCAUGUGUGUGCAUGUGUAUAUGUGUGUGUGUGUGAGUUUCUUGAAGGAGAAAGGUGUUGAUUGGUGUUGUUGUGCUGGUCUGGUGUUGUGCUGCAUUGCAUAGUGUUCCCAGUGAGUUUAAAGCUACCCACUUAUCCGUCCUCUAUCUUGUAUCCUCUUCUCUUCCCUCUACAUGUUCCCAGUUUGGCGUAAGUCUGAGAAUUGUUCACUUUUCCAUGCCCUCUUGUGUCAUAAUCUCUCCUCUCUUCCUUCUCUCCUUUUUCCUCACUUAUAUCAUCUUUCUUCUUCUUCUGUCCUCUUCUCUCUUCCUUCUUUUCCCUCUCCUAUCUUCUCUUUUCUCACUCACUCAUCAUAUCCUCUAUCUCCUAUCGUCUUCUUUAUCUAUUAACUGCUCAGCUCAUCCACCUCUAGGACUGAGGAUGGAUGGAUUAAAACAUUGUCCACUUGUUCGUUCAUUGUGGAGAUUGAAGGAUGGUGGAUCUGUUGAUGGGUGGAUGAAAUGAGAAGAGGUUAUUCCACUGGUUCUUUUGUUGUGGGUUGGUUUGUGGAAGUGGAUGGACAGUGGAUCAGUUGACAGUUUGAUGGAUGGGUGGAUGGAAAGUGACAAAGAAAAUGAUUGUAUAUUUUUCUCUCCUAAAUUUUUGUUCUUUUUUUCAUUUUUUUUGUCUCAUUCACUGAAGCUGUAAUGACAUGCAAGCUCUCUCUCUCUCUCUCUCUCUCUCUCUCUCUCUCUCUCUCUCUCUCUCUCUCUCUCUCUCUCUCUCUCUCUCUCUCUCUCUCUCUCUCUCUCUCUCUCUCUCUCUCUCUCUCUCUCUCUCUCUCUCUCUCUCUCUCUCUCUCUCUCUCUCUCUCACAGCCUCUCAAAAUUAUAUAUAUAGGAUGUUGGAAUCUGGUGAAUGUGUGUGCAUGUGUGUGUGUGUGUUAGUUUUUCUUUGUUUUCUUUUAUUAUUUUUUUUUUUUUUUUGUUGGGGAUAAAUAUAUCUAUUUUUUUCCCUUGUGCCUGUCUAUGCCUCUUGUGACAGAAGUGCUCAGUAUUUUAGCUCCUCCUCUGGUUGUCUAUCUUCCUCUUAUCCUUCCUCUUCUUCCUCCUCUUGUUGUCUAUCUUCCUGUACCCCCAAUAUCUUUACUUCUCCCUCUUGUUAUCUGUCCUCUUGUCCUUCCUCUCUCUAUCUUGACCCUGUAUGCCCAAGUUUCCUGUUCUCCUUCACCCUGUCUCUCUCACCCUGUCUGCUUCACCCUGUCUGCUUCACCCUGUCUACUUCACCCUGUCUCUCACCCUGUCUGCUUCACCCUGUCACCUUACCCUAUCUCCACAAAGAGGAGUGGUCAGCAUCACUGGGCACCUGGCACUGGGAGGGGGGACAGCCGAGGAUCACCACCUGGCACUGUAAAUAUGUACGUGUGUAUUAUAUUGUAUGACUUUUUUGCAAGUUUUAGACGAUAAGCUGCAAGGCAUUGAGUGUUUUUUGUAUAUACUAUAUAUAAUUAUACAACAUAUGUAUAUCUCUAUAUAUAUAUUUUUUCUUUAUUUUUUUUUAUAUUUUCUUGUCUUUUUAAGUUUUUCUCACAUGACAAAGCAUUAUUUGACAUUAGUCUUAACAUUCGAGGGAAGAUAUUGGUGCUUUAUAGGAGGACCGUGCACACACACACACACAUACACACAUACACACAUACACACACACACACACACACACACACACACACACACACACACACACACACACACAUACAGACAGUGGAAGGUGUUAGGAAAUAGUUCUAUGCUCAAUACACGAUUAAAUAAAUGAAGUAGAGUACAUUAUUAUUAUCAUUAUUAUUAUUAUUAUUAUUAUUAUUAUUAUUAUCAUUAUCAUUAUUAUUAUUAUUCAUACUCUUGAAGGGGUUUGCCAGACUCCAGUUUUGCAUCUGUGAUAACCCAAAAAACAAAAAAAUAUGACAAAAAGUAUAAUAAUAUUGUAAAAAUAACAAAAUACAUAACCAUACCUAAUUUGUAGUAGCCUUUGUUUUUAAUAUAUAUAAACAAAUACGUAUAUAUAUAAAAAACCUUACAUUUAAGUUAUCACAAACGUCAGUAGUGCUAGAGAGAGAGACAGGGAGGUGUGUGUGUGUGUCUGUGUGUGUGUGCUAGGUCAACUCCACCACACACUGAUGCUGUUGGUCUGCAUACUGUUGCCCCAAGCUCUCUCUCUGUGACUCUCUCUCUCUCUUUCUCUUUCUCCCUGGACAUCACUGCUUGGGGUAAUGUACAAUCGAGGUCAAAAGUCAAGUCAUCUCCAACACUUCAGGAUGUCUAUUGUUUCUGUCGUGCUGCUUCACCUCUCUGCUACAAAACAACACUCCCAACUCCUCUUCUUAUGAAAAUGUACCCUACAAAAUUUAAACUGCUUACUAUCCCAUCUUUUUCUGAAUAUUGAAAAACAAAAAUAGCUGAAAAAAAAAUUAAAGAAAAGAAACCUAACCUAACGUAACCCAACUGAACCUAAUUGAACUGAACUGAACCUAAGGGAAGUGUGGAAAUUCACUUGACUUAUGACCAUGAUUGUACAAGUAUUUCCUCCACACACACACACACACACACACACACACACACACACACACACACACACACACACACACACACACACACACACACACACACACACACACACACACACACACACACACACACACACACAUUGACAGGGAAGCGGCCACUCUGCCUGAUCUCUUGGGGGUCACCAGGGAGCAGGGCAAGGCAGGACAAGACAGGUCAAAGCAGAUCAGAGGUCAGGGGAGGUCAGUGUGAUGGUAGAUAGGUAAUCAUUAGAUAAAUAUUAAAAUGAAGAGAAAUUAUAAAGUAAAAAAAAAUUGUGAAAUGAUAAAAUGGAAUAGUGAAAGAGAAAUAAUGAAAAUAAAUUAAUUAGAAGGAAAGGAUAAUGACAGGAAUAAUGAAAAAAAUAAAUAAAUGAGAAGCAAAGGGUGACAACUGCUUUCUCCACCACCACAACACCACACCUGCCUUGCUUUAAUGACCACACCUGACUCUGCCACUUGUUAAUUAUUGCAUCUCACCUGGUGACUCAAAUACCACCUGGCCUGCUUUCCUGAACACACACACACACACAUACACACACAUACACACACACACACACACACACACAUAGGACACAGAAAAAUGGUGUUAAUUAGUGAAGUUUAUUACAUAUUAUUAUUAUCAUUAUUAUUAUUAUUAUUAUUAUUAUUAUUAUUAUUAUUAUUAUUAUUAUUGUAUAUAGUUUUAAAUGAUACAACAAACCAGACUGACUGCCACAUGUAAUAAAAAAAACAAGCAAACGGAUAGAAAACAAAACAAAAAACACUUAAAAUCUAUUUUUUUUUCGCAUCUCCAUUUUUUUCCACGUUCCGUUUGAUAAAUAUUCCCGACUAACUAAUCAAUUUUUUUCCCCCAUCAUUUUUUAACCCUUCUCUUAAUCCUUCACCUCUUUCCCAUUUCUUCCCUGCUCGUUUUUAACCCUUUCCUUCAUUAAUGAAUGUGCGUGUCUACUCGUAAGGCUUAUGUACAUAGAAAACGUCUUCGAGGAUAAGAAUGGAAUUUUUGCAGUGGUUUUUUACGUAUUCUUGUAUUGACUAGAGUAUGAAUGUGACUAUUUGACCUGCAGUGUGUGGGUGUGUAAAGGUGACCUAUCUGUGUUUUUUUUGGAGAUGUAUGUCUUUACUUUCUUGUUCAAAUUCUUUUUUUUUUUUUUUUUUCUUUUUUUUUUGCAUAUUUUUUUUUCGUUCUGCUUCCUUCUUCCCAUUUAGUUGUUAUUAUUUUGUUGCUUGAUUUCAAAUUUUAAGGUAUAUUUAUCUGUUUUUUUUGUUUUUCUUCUUUUUAUUCUUCUUCCUCCUCUUCCUCCUUCUUCUUCUUCUUCUUCUUCUUCUUCUUCUUCUUCUUCUUCUUCUCCUCUUCCUUAUUUAAUAGUCAGUGACAUUGUUGUUGUUAUUAUUAUUACUACUAUUAUUUUUAUUUUUCACUUUUUAAGCUGCAUUUUUGUUUUCUCCUUUUUUUUUUUGCUAUUUUUAUAUAUAUAUAUUUUUUUUUUUUAGUUUUUCGUGUAAAUUUUUGGGGUUGUUGGAAAUGAAGGCUGGUAUGAUAAUUUUGGGCUUUACACACACACACACACACACACACACACACACACACACACACAGACAUAAGAAUAUAUUUGCUCAGUGGAAAUAAGAACUUCUUUGGUCCUCCCUCAUUUAGUAACUAGAAGGAAUACAUUAUAAAAUAAGUGACAUACAUACAUACAUACAUACAUACAUACAUACAUACAUACAUUGCUAAAGAAAACAAUAAAAAAAGAGAAAAGAAGAAGGAGGAGGAGGAGGAGAAGGAGAAGGCUAGAUAGAGAGCAACUUUUCAUUAUUAUUAUUAUUAUUAUUAUUAUUAUUAUUAUUAUCGCCACAUUAGCAUCUGUAAUAUAUAUAUAAGAUGAAAGCUUUUUAAUUUUCCAUAUUUUUUUACAUGUCAAAAGAAUAAAUAUGUGUGUUGAGAUGUUAAAUAACUACCACUACCACUACUACUACUACUACUACUACUACUACUAUUAUGUUGUUGGAUUAGCAGGUACAAAUUAUACUACAGUCUUUUCUUCUUAUGGUUUGUGUGAUGCGUUUGUACUUGUUUGGGAGGUGAGGGUGUGACAAGGCUUAAUGCUUCAAUCUUGUACCACAUGAGGAAUAAAUAAUAUAAAAAAAAUAAAAAAUAGGUGAAUAAUACUGUGAAUAUGGAAUGCAGGAAUUUCUUAGGUGUAUGAUAACUAGAUGACGUAUUAUUAAUCUUUUUGAAAUUAUAUUAUUAAGUAGAUUUUUUAUGGAUUUAUAUACAUAUAUAUUAAAGACUUCUUAAGCCUCCCGCCCCCCAGUAAUUUUUAUUUUAUUUUUUUUAUUUAUUUGUUUAUUAUUAUUGUUGUAAAUGGAACAGAUUUUGAAUAUUUGUUGUAAAUGGUUUAUUUAUUUAUGUAUUUUAUUUUUUCAUUAUUAUUAUUAUUAUUAUUAUUAUUAUUAUUAUUAUUAUUAUUAUUAUUAUUAUUAUUAUUAUUAUUAUUAUUAUUAUUUUGCUGGAUGUUUAUUUAGCAGGCAAUAAUUUGGAAGUGUUUUAGAAAAGAAAGAAUAAUUUUAAAUGAAACUUUCCUUUGUAUUGUAAAGUUUUAUUGUGAUGAAGUGGAGAGAAAGAGAAAAAGAGAGAGAGAAAAGAGAGAUGCAUUGAUUGAGACAGAAAAAAAAGAAGUUUGUGCAGAAAUUAUCUUUGUGUACAUAUUAGAAAAGAAGGAAUGAUGAAAUGUGGACAAGAAAAUUAGAACACGAUGAGUGAAAGCAACAGAAAGAUAAAAAUAGAGAAAAAUGAAUACAAAAAUUAACAAAACAAGCAAAUUAACAAAACAAGAAGAAUAAAUGAAACCAAUGCAUAAAAAAAAUAAAUAAAAUAAAGGAGAAAGUGAAUAACAUACAAAAUGAAAAUAAAUAAUGAAAAUAUAAAUACAAAUCCAAAAAACUUAAGGAAGUAAACAAAAUAAGGAAAAAGAAGAAGAAGAAGAAGAACCAUCCUCUAGAAACAAGGAAUAACAAGAAAGAUCAAAGAGAAUCAGAGAAAAAAUGAAUAAAUAAUGUGUACAGCACAGGAAUGUAAUGAGAGAGAAGGACAAAGGUCUGACAAUAAGCUGAUUUUAUAUAUUUAUUUAUUUAUUUAUUAUUAUCAUUAUUCAUUUACUUUUAUUUAUUUAUUUAUUUUAUUUUUUAUUUUAUUUUUUUUACCCCAGCCCCAAGAUGGCCGCCACCUGUGGGGGUGUGGGGGUGGUGGUGGUUGGCCGGCCCGUCACCAGAGGGCAGCACCACAAUGUGUAGUACAAAUUAAUUUUCAUUACUUCAUUUUACUUGUUUAUUUGAAGCUGAAGGAUGCAAUUAUACGCUGAGUUGCAAGCAAGUAACUUUUUUCUUCAUUAUUAUUAUUAUUUUCAUUAUUAUUAUUAUUAUUACUGUUAUUAUCAUUCUAUUUUUCCCUUUUGUGCUGCCCGGCUGACUUUUUUUCCUGUUCCCGCUCACCUGACCCAACUACCUGCGUGUGGAAAGACUACCGGACUGCAGAACCGAUUAUAUUUACCCCCCCCUUCAGCCAUUGGUCACCCCCAGAACUCCUUGUGUUGAAGGAAAUGUCUGUCCCAGAAUUGUUCAUUAUAUUCCAGGGAUUGUAUUGAGAAACACUUCUGCGCCACACCUCCAAUACUUCCCAAAGGCUCUAAUUGAGGUUACACAAGUUUUUAAGGGUGUUUCUAUGGUUCUAGUGACAGAUUAAUGACAUUUCUACAUUAUUUACAGGAGAAACACUCUUGAGAACCUGGAUAACCAUUUCUGUGGCCUUUGAAAAUAAUGGUGGUGAAAGAGCAUAGCAUUUCAGAAUACAAUCUUUGGUUAUGUUGAUGAAUUACUGUUAGUGUAUGUGGGUGGGAGCUGAGAGGUGCAAGAACACACCACUGUUAAAAUCUGUGAAUGUAGGGUGAAAAGAAUGCAGUUUUGUUUUAUAACUUGUAAAAUACGAAAUUGCUUACAAAUUAGUGAAGUUGAGGAAAAAUGAAAGAGAGUAUAUGUUCAGUAAAUUAAAUAAUAAAAAAAAUGUUUAGUUUAAAGUUUUAAAAUACAAAGCAAACAUUACCUUGUACUGAAGAAAAAAAUAAGAAUACCCCAAUAUCAGGCCUUCCUAUUACAGUACAAGACAAGUAUUAAACCAUCCCUUGUACUCAGAAUACAGUGACUUUGUACCAGACCUCCCUAUUACAUUACAAAACAAAUACUCAAGACCCAGAUUAUCAGAAUACAAAUUGAAAUAUAACCUUGUACCAUUGGAGGAUGAGGUGCCCAAGUACCAGAGCUUAUGAGAGAACAAGUCAAGCAAAAUGUCCCCUUGUACUGUUGAUAUACAAGACCUCACAGUACAAGGCAGGUGAAAAGAGAGAUAUAGACACUUCUUGUACUCUACUAAGCCCCACACUCCACUAGGCAGGUGACCAGCAUUUCCUAUUAAUACAAGGGGGUCUGCAGUGAACCCUAACCUAACCUAGUCUUGUUGGCCCAGGUAGCAAGGCAGGUGAAGGGACGUUAACGAGCUGGGACAGUGUGACCUACAAACUAUUGCUAAGUAAUUACCUGUAUAUCUUAAUUCUUUAAAUACAGCGGAUAAUUUGACAA